GAUGCCGGCCACCACCACCGCCACGGUCAAGAGUGAAGGACCGACGGCGACGGACCAGCAUAACAACGACUGUGAUAAUGAGGAGGAGGAACCGAAGGACAUGAAAAAUGCGCAUCUAAUUAUCGGUCAGCUUCGGACUCGGUGCCGAAAUCAAUCAGAGCAGAUCAUGGCCUGGAAGAAGGCUUACUCCUUGCAGCAAGAGCAAAACCGUCGGUUGCAGAAGGAAAAAGCGGAGCAGCUGAACUACCUGACCAGUCAGCUGCUGCUGCUGGAGUCGCGCAUCAUGCGCAAGCAGAAGCAGGUAUCGAACGUGAUCUACCAGCGCGAGCUGACGAUCUACCGGCAGCAGAGGAUCAUCGAAACCCUCUCUAGUCGCCUGAUCGACCACGGCAUCAUGGACGUGGGCAUGGAGGCGCCGAUGCACUGUGGCAGCAGCAACAGCAACGACUUCGACUCGCUCAACGACUCCGAUUCGGCCGUCGUGCUCGAGGACGUGGAUUCCGAUUGCAACAGCUCGAUCUACUUCGGUGGCAGCAUCGGCGGCGGCGGUGGCAGUCUGAAGUCCCGUUGCGGCGGUGCCAACAAGAUGACGAAUGACGUCACGAUCGUGCGAUCGAUUUCGGACGCGAUCGAAACGAACCUGAAGUACAACAACACCCGCCGCUCGAACUGCUUCCUACGGCGUCCGGAAAUCCUCGAGACGGUGUACAGCGUCGAGGAGGAUCCGGAACCACAGAACGCGAGCUCGACAGCAGGCGCCGCCGGGAGUGGUGGCGGUCCGGGCAGCGGCACCGCCAGUGCCGAAACGUCCCCGAAACCGGACGCGGUCAGCGAGCGGCGCGAUAAGUUCAAGAACCGCACGGAGAAGUGCUGCACCUCGACGGAUCUGCCGGCGGAGUCGCUGGUGGGUGGCGGUGGAACGCCGGUCAUCAUCACCAGCAGCAGUUGCGACGUGGACUCGGAUGGUUGCGGAACGCCGCAGCAGAUCGUCGGUUGCCGGACGCAGGGAGCCGUGACGAACUUUAAUCGCGUGAUGUCGAACCACCGGUCGGUCACGAAGCCGAAGGACGUAAAGUACAAGCGCAUCAACAAGGCCAAAUCGAAGAGUCUGGAGGAGCUGCGCGGCCGGCUGAAGCACUGGGUCGAGCGGGGCACCUGCAACAUCAACCUGAGCCUCGAUCCGAACGCCGGCGAUCCAGCCCGCCAUCUGGCGGAGCAUUGCGGAGCGGGCAGUCUGCAGCAGUCCCCGGCGCAGCCCCAGGCGAGUCUCGCGCAAAGUUACGCGUGACCGGAACCGAAGGCUCGCGUCCGGGGCAGCAUUUAAUAGGAGCGCGAGGAUCCGGCCGCAACC